AGAGUCAUUGACAGAGGCAAUAAACUACAAACAGCUGUAGAAGUGAACUGAGGAUGAAGACACUCAGUGUUGCGGUUGCUGUGGUUGUGCUCACCUUUAUUAACAUUCAGGAGAGCUCUGCAUUCCCUGUCACAGGAGUGCAACAGCCGGAGGAGACAAUGAGCGAUGAUGAUCCAUCUGCAGAAGAGGAGGAGACAUCAAUAGAAACAUGGAUGAUGCCGUACAACAUCGGGCCGAAGAAUUACAGUGACCCUGUUAGAUGCCAGUUUUGCUGCGGCUGCUGCGUCCCCGGUGUCUGCGGUACAUGCUGUGUGUGAAGAUUUAAAAAGAACUGAAAAUAUGUUUAAAACUUGUAUACCCUGAAACGCUGGGGACUUCGGAAUGAGUUACUCUACUGUGCUGUUAUUUUUAUUCACCAUUUAUUUCUGAUUGUGUAUCUUGCCUAUUUGAUUCAUGUUUGGAUUGAUGGGACAAAUGCUUUGGGACCAUUUAUUUAUUCUUUUCAGAGUUCUAGGUGUGAAGUAUUUUGUGGCUGAAAUUGCAUUUAUACAUGAAGUGACUGAGCCCCUAUUCACAAGCUUCUGAAGCUUAUCGCAGUGUCUCAUUUUCACCCAUUGCUGUCUUCAUGUUUUGAAUGUUUUAUCUUGUAUUUAUUCUGGUUUGUGUAAAAUGAAAUUCUUGGACCUGUCUUGUACCUUUCCACAACAAGCACUGAAAUUUCAAUUUUUGUGCUCUUUGUCAUAAAUCAAACAAAGUAUAUUAAACAUUUUGUAUAUACUAUGGUGUAUUAUCACAAUUAAUGUUAAUCCCAAUUAAAUGUCAUACCAUCAAA